AAUAAAUUUAAGAAAAGAACUUUUUCUGUUUCUCGAUUAAUUGGGUGCUGUCACACGAAAAAAAUGGUGGCAGAUGUAGACAGAUGGAUAGAUAUAGCUCGUGAGUGUAAAUACCUACCUGAAAAUGAAAUGAAGAAACUUUGUGAACUGGUUUGUGGCUUGUUGCUUGAAGAAUCUAAUGUACAUUAUGUUUCUACUCCUGUUACUGUCUGUGGAGAUAUUCAUGGCCAAUUUUAUGACUUGGAAGAGUUGUUCCGAACUGGGGGUCAAGUUCCAGACACAAACUAUGUGUUCCUUGGGGAUUUUGUUGAUCGGGGCUACUACAGUUUAGAAACUCUCACACGGUUGCUUACCUUGAAAGCCAAAUAUCCAGACAGAAUCACUUUGUUGCGAGGAAACCAUGAAUCCAGACAAAUCACCCAAGUUUAUGGCUUUUAUGAUGAGUGUCAAAACAAAUAUGGCAAUGCAAAUGCAUGGAGAUAUUGUUGCCAGUUAUUUGAUUUACUCACUGUGGCUGCGUUAAUUGAUGGUGAAGUGUUGUGCGUGCAUGGCGGCCUUUCUCCCUCUAUUCGGACACUGGAUCAAAUCCGCACAAUCGAACGAAAUCAGGAGAUCCCGCACAAAGGAGCGUUUUGCGACCUAGUGUGGUCUGAUCCGGAGGACGUUGAAACAUGGACAAUAAGCCCUCGAGGUGCUGGUUGGCUUUUUGGCUCCCGUGUCACCCAUGAAUUUAUGCAUCUCAACGGAUUAGACCUGAUCUGUCGUGCUCACCAAUUGGUUCACGAAGGCUACAAGUUCAUGUUCGACGACAAAUUAGUGACCGUCUGGUCAGCACCAAAUUACUGCUAUCGUUGCGGCAACGUGGCUGGAAUCUUGGCGCUGAACGAGGACAAGUCCCGUAAGCCUAAACUAUUCAACGCUGUGCCCGAUAGUGAGCGCGUAAUUCCGCCGUACACGACGACACCCUACUUCCUGUGAGUUUUAAAAACAUAGCCCUGAAACUUCUCCAACCACUCUGCAUUCGUUGAUAAAUAAAUAAACACGUGUAAAAUCAGUUCAAUCCUCCAAAAGUCAAUAAAUGCUUUUAUGCUGA